AUGCCCAACCCUCCUCACCAGGCCAAGAACCCGGAGAUCACCUCCCUCCCAGCGACUGCUCCGAUUGAGGAGAUUGCGAAUGUCAUUCGGCGAGAUGGCGGCAUCAUCAUCAAGGGUUUCGUGACCCCAGAGGAUAUUGAUCAGAUGGAUGCAUACAAUUUUGCGGGCAAGUCCAGGACCUUCUCCCACAAAUGCAUCAAUCACCCCACCUACCGCGACACCGCAAAGGAACUGCUACGAGAGGUUUCGCGCCCAUUCCGUGACGGCAAGAGAUACGAAUGCGUCUCGAACCCUGUUCUAGCAGUUUCGGAGGCCUUCUCUCGCGGCAAAUCUGCCGCUCAGCCCCUCCACCGCGACGACAUGGCCCAACACUUUGACCACAUUGAGGGCAGUGGCGAAAGCAGUCUGCUAGGUCUCUUGGUUGCCGGUACCCGCUGCAUCUACGAGAACGGGGCGACUCAGAUCAUCGUUGGUUCCCACAAGUGGCCCAAGGCUGAUCAGAGGGGUCCUGCCGAUCGCUCGCUCUGCUCCACCGCGGAGAUGGACAAGGGUGAUGCUGUCUUUAUCAUCGGCAGUGUCUGGCACGGUGCUGGUGCCAAUCAACUCGAGAACGAGAGAAGAAAUAUCUACUCGUGUCACAUGACCCGCGGAUCGUACCGCGCGGAUGAGAACCAGUAUGUUGGCAUCCAGCACGAUGUCAUCAAGACGUACGAGCCCCAGGUUCAGGCUCUUCUGGGAUACUCAAUCAGCGAGCCGUUUUGUGGCCAUGUCGAUAUGAAGGAUCCCAUUGAACUUCUGGGCAGUAAGGAAGACCCAUUUCAGUAUGGCACCUUUGAGGGCAGGCCUCUGGCGACUACCGUCGCGGCUUGA